AUGGCCCCCACAAAUUCCGGCAUCACCGAGGAUGCCCAGACUGGAGAACGUUACAUCCCCUCAUCAGUCCGAGCAGACGGUUCGAAGCGUCGCGAGAUCCGUGUUCGACCGGGAUAUCGCCCCCCAGAAGAUGUCGAGCUGUACAAGAACCGCGCCGCGGCUGCAUGGCGAAACCGCGGUACCGGCGGGGUUCCUGGCGCAGAAGGAUUGAACGAAGUCACCGAGAGCAAGGCAAACACUGCCGCCAGCAACAAGAACGCGAAACGGCGCGAGGCAAAGAAGAAGGCCAAGACGGCGGAGGGUGCUGAAUCUACGACCACCGCGAACGGACAAAACGUGAGGGAUAUGGGGAACUGGCGGUCGGGUGCGCCUGCUGCCGACAAGAAGGAGGCCGCCCCAGAAACUCAGCCCGAGGUGGAUCCCGAAGCUGAGAAGGAGAAGAAAGCACGGAAUCUCAAGAAGAAACUGCGACAGGCUCGCGAUUUGCGUGAUAAGAAGAACCAGGGCGAGGCACUGCUCCCUGAGCAGUUGGAGAAAGUGAUCAAAAUCCAGGAGCUAAUCCGGCAGCUGGACGCGCUAGGGUUCGAUUCUGAGGGAGAGAAGAAAGGCGCCACGGAAGAGAAGGAGAAGGAGAAGAGGGGUGCUUGA